AUUAAUGGUUUGUUGGUUGACUCAAAGCAUGAGUUUUAAUCUCAGUUAUAAAAUCCUUCUGAUCUUGAGAAAGUAUAUAUCAAGAAAGCCAUGGCUGUUCAUCUUGGGAAAGCAUAUCGAAGAUGAGAGGAAGGUAGUUUAGUACAUACCAUGAAUGAAAAGUAUAAUUUUUCUUGGCCUUGCAUCAAGAUUCUUUCUUUAGUAUUUGUAUUUAGGCGGGAAGGUUCACGCUCCGAGACGGCGCGGCACAAGAGAUGAUCAGGAAGUCGGGCAACAAGCGACACCGGACGGGGAUAUGGCACUGGUGCUGGAGCCUUCGUUCGCUCAAGCAAAUCCAUGGUCUUAUGGUCGUCCGUGGCUUCCUCUCCGACCCCUCCGCCUUGCGCGAGCUCAUCUUCUGCUCCGCCAUCUCCCUUCCUGGCGCCAUGCACUAUGCUCUUCAACUGUUCGAUCGAAUUCCUGAUCCAGAUCUCUUCAUCUGGAACACCGUCAUUCGCGGUGCUGCUCACACCAUGACUCCGCUCGAUGCUAUUUCCCUCUUCGCCCGCAUGGAACGAUCCUUUGCUCGACCCAACAAGCUCACCUUUCCCUUCCUACUACGAGCUUCUACGAAGCUCUCAUCUCCUUUUCUGGGUUCCCAGUUCCAUGCAAAAAUAGUUAAGUUUGGUUUUGAAACAGACAUCUUUACAAAGAAUUCCCUUAUCAAUCUUCAUGCAAAUUGCGGUGAUCUUGCAAUUGCUAGCUCUCUUUUUGAUGAUAUUGCUAGAAAAGAUGUAGUUGCAUGGUCAUCUUUGAUCGCUGGAUAUGCAAAGAGAGGCCAACUGAAUGUCGCUCGACAGUUAUUUGAUGAAAUGCCUUGCAAGGAUUUGGUUUCAUGGAACGUGAUGAUAACCGGGUAUGUGAAGCAAGGAGACAUGGAGAAUGCAAGAGAGCUAUUUGAUGAAGUGCCGCAAAGGGAUGUCGUGUCUUGGAAUGCGAUGAUUGCAGGGUAUGUUCGAUGUGGGUCACUCAAGGAAGCAAUGAAAGUGUUUGAGGAAAUGCAUCAAGCCGGAGAAAGGCCUGAUGAGGUUACAAUGCUGAGCUUGUUAUCUGCUUGCGCCGAUUCAGGAGCUUUAGAUGUUGGUGAGAAAAUACAUCAGUCUAUUUUGGAGAUUUAUCCGAGAAGUACUAAUCUGAGUAUCUCCCUUGGAAAUGUGCUGAUUGACAUGUAUGCCAAGUGCGGGAGUAUUGACAAAGCCUUCAAGGUCUUUAGAGGGAUGAGAGAAAAAGAUGUAUCGACAUGGAACUCAAUCAUUGGUGGCUUAGCUUUCCAUGGGCACGCGGAAGAGUCUAUAUCUCUGUUUGAGGAGAUGAGGAAAAAGAGCACAAAGCCGAAUGAUAUCACUUUUGUGAGUGUCCUCGUCGCCUGCAGUCAUGCGGGCAUGGUUGAAGACGGUCGUGAGUAUUUCAAACUAAUGAGAACCGAAUAUGGUAUCGAACCAAAUGUUAAGCAUUAUGGAUGCAUGGUGGACAUUCUUGGACGUGCAGGGCAUUUAAAAGAAGCAUUUGAGUUUGUGAAGGAUAUGAAGUUUGAACCGAAUGCCAUCGUGUGGAGGACGUUGCUUGGAGCUUGUAGGAUUCAUGGAAAUGUCGAGUUAGGAGAGUGUGCAAAUGAAGAGCUUCUCAAGCUGAGAAAAGGCGCGAGUGGGGAUUAUGUGUUGCUGUCGAACAUAUAUGCUUCAAUGGGUGAAUGGGAUGGAGUAGAGAAGGUGAGGAAAUUGAUGGAUGACCGAGGAGUGUCAAAGGAAGCUGGUUGUGCUCAGAUUGAAGGCGAAAACUCGGAGCUCAUUCGAUUUUUACUACGGCAAACAAAGAGUUAAAAAUGAAACAUCGAUGAUUAUCUUCUUCUUGAAUUGAUCAUCUCAGGUAAGCCAUGUCAAUUGUGUGUUGUAGUAUGAUAUGCAUUAGAUUUGCAAGGUGAUUUUGUAGGAUUUUGGGGGUUCAUUGUUAAAUUAUGGAUGAUUUACUGUAAGUUUCUUGUAGGAGUUGUCAAAAAAAAAAAAUUAAGAACACUUUGAAGAGUUUUAAUUAGUGGCAAAAUUUUCUAACAAAUUGAUGUAUAGGAGUCAUAAAUCAUGAUAAUGGGUUUGGACGUGGGGUAAAUUGUAAUUAAAA